AUGAUGAAAUGAAGAGAUCCUUCAUAUCUCUCUAUCUCUAGAUCUUUCUCUUUAUCUUUAUCUUCUCAACUUAAUAGUUAUAAUUAUUAAUAUUUAUAAUAAUUACAAAUUAAUGAUGGAGAUUGAAAACCCAAUAGUUAUUAGUAGAAACAAGGCCGGAGAUUUAGAGAGCGGUGGCGGCGGUUGUGGUGGCGGUGAGGCGGCGCCGGCAUUCUUGGUGUGGGAAGAUCUAACGGUUCAGUUGUUUCCAAACUAUGGCGGCGGCCGCCGUGGACAUGUUGAUCAUCAUAAGACAGUACUUCUUCAUGGCCUACAUGGUUAUGCUGAGCCCUCGAGGAUUAUGGCUAUUAUGGGUCCUUCGGGUUCUGGCAAAUCUACCCUUCUCGAUUCAUUAGCAGGCAGAUUGUCCAACAAUGUUUUUAUGACUGGAAACAUUCAUUUGAAUGGGAAGAAAACAAGACUUGAUUAUGGGGUUGUGGCUUAUGUAACACAAGAGGAUGUAUUGUUAGGAACAUUAACUGUUAAGGAAACAAUAACAUAUUCAGCUAGUUUAAGACUUCCAUCAACCUUAACUAAACAAGAAAUGAAAGAUAUCGUUGAUGGGACGAUCGAAGAAAUGGGGCUCCAAGAAUGUACUGAACAUGUUAUCGGAAAUUGGCAUUUAAGGGGGAUUAGUGGCGGAGAAAAGAAGAGGCUUAGUAUCGCCUUAGAAACAUUAACUCGACCACGAAUCUUGUUUCUUGACGAGCCCACAACCGGGCUUGAUAGUGCGUCGGCGUUCUUUGUCGUGCAAGUGCUUAAGAACAUUGCCUUGGAUGGUAGAACCGUAAUAUGUUCAAUUCAUCAACCUUGUAGCGAAGUUUUUGCGCUUUUCGAUGAUUUAUAUCUUUUGUCUAGCGGCCAAACUGUUUACUUUGGUGAAGCGGAGAAGGCAAUAAAGUUUUUUGGUGAAGCUGGCUUCCCUUGUCCGAGUCGAAGGAAUGCGUCGGACCAUUUUUUACGAUGUAUCAAUUCAGAUUUCGAUAAAGUAAUGACCACUUUGAAAGGAAGUGAAAUAUAUAAGGAAACAAAAGGAGAAUCAGAUCCAUUUGUAGAAAUGGAAGUGAUGGAAAUCAAAAAAGAGUUAAUUGAGAAAUAUAUACACUCAGUUUAUGCAAUGAGAGCCAGAGCCAGGGUCAAACAAAUCUCCUCUAUGAAAGGGCAAAACAUAGAAGCGAAUAAUAAUGGAAGGAAAGUUGAAUGGUGGAAACAACUUUGGACAUUGACAAAAAGAUCAUUUGUGAAUAUGUCAAGAGAUUUGGGAUAUUAUUGGCUAAGGUUGGCUACAUACAUACUUGUUUCUAUAUGUGUUGGUAGCCUUUACUUCCAUGUUGGCUAUUCCUACUCUUCCAUAAUGGCGAGAGGCGUAUGCGGAGGUUUUAUGUCUGGUUUCAUGAUUUUUAUGUCCAUCGGUGGCUUCCCAAAUUUUAUCGAGGAAAUGAAGGUGUUUUACAAGGAAAGGUUGAAUGGUUACUAUGGGGUUGGGGUGUUCAUUUUGUCGAAUUUCUUAUCGUCGUUGCCAUUCUUGAUAGCGAUUGCAAUGGUAACCGGAACGACAACUUAUUAUAUGGUGGACUUUAGGCCCGGGUUUUCGUAUUAUGCUUUCUAUUGUAUUCUUCUUUUUGGAUGCAUUUCUUCCAUUGAAGGCUGCAUGAUGGUUGUAGCCUCACUUGUCCCUAAUUUCAUGAUGGGAGUUCUAACUGGAGCUGGAAUCAUAGGAAUUAUGAUGCUUUCAUCAGGCUUUUACCGAUCAGUAAUUGAUCUUCCAAAGAUUUUUUGGAGAUACCCAAUCUCAUAUGUCAAUUUUCAGUCAUGGGCAAUGGAGGGGGCAUACAAGAAUGUGAUGCUUGGAAUAGAGUUUGAUCCCCUAGUGCCCGGAAAUCCAAGAUUGAAAGGAGAGGAUGUACUAAAAAAAGUUUACAAAAUGGAUUUAGGGCACUCUAAAUGGUGGGACUUGGCUGCGGUUAUGAUAAGCAUGGUGUGUUACCGGAUCUUGUUCUUCUUGAUCCUUAAGAUCGGGGAGAGAGCUUCGCCAAUUUUUCGAUCUCUCCAUGCUCGAAGAGCUACUAGAAAGAAGAUCAAUAAACAUCAAAUAGUAAAAAAAACACCAUCUUUUGGUUCAAAAAGGCACUAUAAUAAUACUCCACAUUCACUAUCUUCUCAAGAAGGCCUUAACUCUCCUCUUCAAUGAAAUAUUAUGAAAAGAAGAAACAUAUGAUAGUUUCUUUAAGGAACCCAUGUGAAAAUGUUUCCUCAAUUAAGGUUUGGUGAUUUUUGAACAAUAAAUUAUUAGUAUGUAACUAUAUUGUGCUUAUUGAUGCACAUGAGUGUAUUUUUGAGUUUACUUAGCUUCAAGUGAAUCUGUAAACUAUGGCUAAAUUGUCAUUUUAUUUUCAUUUGGAAUAAAAUUGUAUG